AUGAAAGCAUAUGAUUUCAUUACAGUUCUUGCUUCUCACGAAAUUUUUUACGUAGAUAUCGAUUUAGAUCUUGUACGCAGAUCUAUUGAGGUAUAUGAUAAGAAAAUUAUUGGAUCUGUAAUGAAGAUGCUUGCUAAUCUUCUGAAUUCGAAAGAAUUUUACGAAAGAUUUUUCCAGACUGACUUUAUUUCGUAUAUAAUGGAAAAGUCACAAGAUGCAAGAUUUGGAGAAAAAGGACCAUUUAUAGUUCUUUUUAAUUCAUUAUUAACAAAAGUUGAAAAUGAAUUAAAUGAUGCUGAAUUUGAUAUGUAUCAGCAAUCCUUAGAAUAUAUAGCGACCGAACUGAAUGAUUCGUACACUCCAUAUGCGGUCAGAUCUGUUGACCACUGUUUAGAAAUCUUUCUUAAAAAUGAAAUGCAAAAAUCCUUUGCCAUAUCUGUAGAUGAUAUAGUUGGAAUUGAUACUAUUGAAAGAUUCGCCAAAGAAAGCUCUGACGAUGAAAUUUGUUCUCAAUAUAGAUGUAUAUUAGAUAAAUUUGUUGUUGUUGAAUAA